CGCUAUCAUCUUUGGCACGGCCUGCAACGCCUCUUUCCAUCUCCACAGCGACUCCAUCGUCCAAACCAUCGUCUGCUUCGCUUGGAAGAGUCGCCCCCUGCCCCUCUCCCUCCCCGUCGUCGCGAACAACUACCCCGCUUCAUCGUCACUGGCAAACGAGCAUACGCUGCUUUUCCUCUUCUGCACGCAACAGCUUUAGACCUACCGCCGGCACAAUGGUUGUUCAUAAUAUAAAAGACCGCACCUCCUUCGAAACUGCCGUCUCCACCACCACCGCCGCUGGUGCCGCCAGCAACGCAGCAACCACGGGCCAAAAGACCCCUCUCAUCGUCAUAGACUGCUUCGCCACCUGGUGCCCCCCAUGCAAGGCCAUCGCGCCCAAGCUCGUCGAGUUCUCCGAGCAGUACCCGAACGUGGGCUUCUACAAGGUUGACGUGGACGAGUGUCCGGAUGUCGCGCAGGAGCUGGGCGUGCGGGCGAUGCCGACGUUUGUUUUCUUCAAGGACGGACAGAAGGUCGACGAAGUAGUUGGGGCCGUGCCGGCGUCGAUUCUGGCGGUGAUUGAGAAGUAUGCCUCUUAGUAGGGGCUUACUUUCUUUUCCUUUUCUUUUCGCUUUCUUUUCGCUCUAUUUUCAUCUUCUCUGGAAGGAUGAGGGUUGAUGGUCGGAAAGAGGGGGAAUGGGGCCGGGGUUGGUGUGAGUAGAUAGAUGGUAUAUGUGGUUUUGUGCCCCUUUUUCUUUUCCUUUUCCUUUUCCUUUUCUUUUUCCUUUUCUUUUUUUUCUUUUAGCUUGCUUCUUCCUUCAUCCCCUGGAACUGGGAAUGUGGAAAUUAGCAAGAAAAGAAAAAAGAGGUAAAGGGUGGGGGAAAAGUAACGACCCACAUGAUCGAUGGGAUGGGGAAAGGAUAUGUGUCUUAAUUUUUUUUUCUUCCCCAAUACCAUAUGAUGUAUACCUUUUGCUUCUGCUUUUUGCCCUAAGAAAAAGGCUUUAACUUACCAUCAAAUG